ACUGCGUGGAAGGCCCGAAAUCUCCUCAGCAGAGGGCGCAUCUCUACACGGUCGAAUUAAUGCAGUUUGACACCCCUUGAACUGCCCUGGCUCGAUUCUAUGCAAACCUGGGAGUCGUCGUUUGGGCAGAGAGGGCUCUUACAAAACCGCAACUCCCAGGAUCCCAGGGGGACUUGGCAGCUGAGGAGGCAUUAAUCUAAUUCGGAAGUGGAGCGGGGAAAAGGCCUGGACAUUCUCCUCAGCGGAGCGUCCCCUCAGCCUUGCAGGGAAGGGAGAGGCUGGCUGGCUGGCAAGCGGCGCGGCGACGGCCUAGGGAGCUUCCCCGCCUCUCCCGCCGGGGGCCAGGCGGAGCCAGCAGCGGAGGAGGGAGGAAGGAGGAGGAGCGGGUGAGAGGUCGCUCGGUCCGUGGGUCGGUCGCCCGGAGAGACGGAGAGGAGGAGGCCCGAGUGGCGGCGCCGGGGACGGAGCGAGGACGGAUUGCCAAACAAGUACAGCCUUUGAGGAAGAACAAGAAUAGGAAGCCAGGUUACCACAUUCAGUGCUUCAAUAGCCAAACUUUUCCUGUCCUUCCAAGUGACUGAAAGACAACACUGAAAAUGUCUAGCAAACCAUCUGGCACUACAAACAACAUAGCUCAGGCCAGAAGAACUGUUCAGCAAUUGAGAAUAGAAGCAUCUAUAGAAAGAAUAAAGGUGUCCAAGGCAUCGGCAGAUCUAAUGUGCUACUGUGAGGAACAUGCCAGGAAGGAUCCUUUACUAAUGGGUAUACCUGCUUCAGAAAAUCCCUUCAAGGAUAAAAAGACCUGUACUAUCCUAUAGGCAAAGCAGUGAAAUGCCUUCAAGACCCUCCCCUUCAAAACCAACCAGGAAGAUUCUUAAGAGAAGUAACCUGAAGGUCACCUGGUACCAACUGCAUAAAACCACAACUCAUUUACAUACCGUGUAUAAAUGAACGUUUAAGUUUUCUAAAUUUCUGUUCUUUAUAGCAUUCUAACUAGGAAUGCAAGGUUUAUCAAGUUACUUCUUGUAAAUGAAAUAGUUUGAAGAGGAUUGUUGGGAACUGGGUUGUGUUGGUGUUGCUGGGAUGAAGUUGGGUUGGGUUCUCCUUUCAAGUGCAAUGCGUGUUCACAGUUCCAGGUGUUAGGUUGAACAAUCAAGACCAAAGUUGCCUGAGCUUCAUUUCCAGAAUAGUGAGGCAGACAAGUAUAGAGUCCUAAUCAAGCUUACUUUUACGUUUGAUUUUAUACCUGUGUAGAGGCUUGUGUAUAUAAUUGGUGUCUGUAGCUAGGGUGUGUGCACGUAUGUUUGUUUUAGAUAUAUACACACAUUCCCAAGUGCAUUCUUUUACGUGCAUCCUUCAGAGUUAAUUGCUGCAUUUAUUGAUAAAUUCUUGCAGUUCAUGCCUUUACCAUCAAGUAUGUCUUAAGCUUUUUCACAAUGUCUUAAGUGCUUAUAAACGUAUACUUAGUUUAAAUUCUUGUUCUCAACAUGACUUUGAAAGGUGACCUUUGGUUUAUAGCUUUUUUUUCUGCCUGUCUCAUUUCCUCUGAAGUAUAGACUCUACUGAGUAGCACAUACACUCUGAAAAUAGCAUCUAAAGUUGAAUUUUUUUUUCUUUUCACUUGACUUUAAUUGGGAAUUUUCCCUCUACCUUUCCUGCAUAGUUCCUAUUGAACUGAUUUCUGGAAGAAUCCAGGAUCUUCUGCUAAAUCACAUUUUCACAAAUGCCAAACCAUGUUAGAAAUAAGAGUCUCAGAGAGCAAUCUGUGAUGUUGUUGCUUCUGCACAAGGCUGGUUGAAACCAGCUGUUAUACCGUAGUAAUUCCUGAAUAAUUGCAAUAGUGCUGAGUGAGUAGCAAAUCUCUGAUCAUUGUAAACACUAUUAAAUGUAUAUCUGCACUUCAGCUACUGGCGAGAUACUGAAUGGAAAGAAACAGUAUUGGCUUAAGCCAUCAGUAUAUAUCUGCAUUCCAUUUGUUGCUAGCACUUUAAUAGUUUUUUCUUCUUUUUAAUAUUGCAAUCUGCCAUAACGGGAGCUACUCCAUUCAUAAGAUACCUUAAAUUUGUGGUCAAAUAGGAGAACCCUAGCCACACAGAACAUAUGGUGUUUCCAACGCAACUUCCCACUUUCAGCCAUUCUAAUGAAAAGUUCUCUUGCUGAGAAGAGCUAGUUUUCUUCUUUUGAAUUAGUAGUAAUUGUAUCUGCUUCAGAACAGGUUAAAUCAAGCCAAACCCAGAAUGCCUGGUUUCACUGUGACUACAUUGAGAAGCUGGUUGCAGAGCCAGCAAGCCAAGGUUCCUGCUCCAUUCACUGGUGCUCUGCAUAACUGUAGGAUCAAGUUUUUGUUGAGUUUUCUCUACAUUAGUACACCCUGCAAGAUGAUAAGGGCCAUUUGUAUUAGAUUUCUUUAACAGUACACUACCCAAAAACUAGGUGAAAAAGUGAUUCACUACAAGAAACCAACAAUUGCCAUAAUUGCCAAGUUUUAUUUUUAUCAUUUAAAAUGAUAAAUGGCAGCUUUUGAAACAGUAGUAUGAACAGUCACACUCAUUUGGCUUACUUAUCUACCUUCUCAGAAUGAAGGGACCGUUUGUUAAGUAUAUUGAUUAAUUUGAUGGCUUUUGUCUCCAUAUUUCAGCCAUCUAUUGAAUGACAUUUUAAUUUGCUUAUUGCAUAUUGAAACACAGAAAAUGUUGGACCAGGAGAACAGUGUUUUUGUCAGUAUCAGUUCCCAAGAACUUCCAUGAAUAUUCUUAAGAACUUACUCAAAAACAAUCAAUAUUCCUUACCUGUUGGUUUAUUUUAAGGUAUUAUUUGCCUGAAGUACGCAAGCCUGCCUUUCCAACAGCUGAUUCAUACAACUUUUAUUGCAUGGUAACAACCCGAGUUGACAUAUAUGUGUUGGAUCAGAUUUGCCAGUUGUUUGGCAUGUAUUAAGAUCAUGACUUACCCUAUAUUUGACAAGCUUGGGGAAGUGAAUUGAACUUGGAUGCUGUGACUUGAAAUUUGGGAAUACACUGAACUUUUCCUGAAGCUGAUUCGAUCCAUAAAAAUCAGUUGGAAAAGUGCAUUGUUGAUGGAAGUAGUGCUGCAGUGGGACAUGAAAACAUAGAUACUGUGUCCAAAGUCAUAUGUGAUGUCCAUACUACGCUUUUUUCUCACAUCAGAAUUGGCCCUUGUCCCAUCAGGUCUCUGAAUGCAAUGAAUCUGUAUGGGCAGAACUGCCAAAUUAGUGUUUCGUUUUAACAUUAGCCCUAAAAUGGGGAAAUCCAUAGUGCCUCAUUGCCACUGUGGAAAAACAAAUAUUGUGUCACAAAAGACACACUCUACACAGACACUAUGUUAAUUCUUGGGGCCUUUAAUUUUCUCUCUGUUGGCAUCACAGCUACCCUUCAUUGGGAAUUAGAAACUUUUCCUUUCUUGAAUCAACUUUAUUCAUGAAGUUAACACAUUUUUAAAGAAAUCUUGCUCUUUAUGCAUCACCCAAUUUAGUAUUUUCAUAUAAAAAUGAGUUUAACUUUUGGAAUUACUGAAUUAAUUGUAAGCUUACAUGCAAGUAAAGCAUUGUAAAUGUUUCCUGCACUAUACAGUCACCAGCAAAUACUGCUGUGUACAUUCCUGUAGAGAAUACAACCAGAUGCAUUAUUUUAGCAUAGAAUCAGACAUUUAAACCAAAUACGUUGCUCCCUUACUUACUUCCCACUUUAUUGAGAUUAGUAGGUCAUAACCUUAAACAACAAAAUCACAUUACAUUGGACUGACUUAAGAGUACUUACAGAUGCUUUGAAUAGGCAUCUUCAAAUUAUUGGCUACCAAGCCAGGUAAAGCUUUGGUGUUGCAGAAGCAUGACAAGCACAUUGUCAAAGGCAGUGUCAGGAUGUAGGCACCUUGGUGGGAAAGAGUGCAAGAGGAGAGAAAGGGAAAUUAUGGAAGUUGUGGUAAAACCUGUUUUAUAACCUCCUGUUUCCUUCUUUUCUUCUUUUCCCAAGAUGUUGUAAUGUAAGACUAAAGGUCUGAGACCCUCAGGCUGGUCCUGGCUGAUUCAUGUAAUUACUAUAAUAAUUUAAAGAUUAUUUUUAAACCAUUUUUAAAAAACUGAUUGACAUGAUCAUGUGUUGUACCUACCCUCUAUGCUCAUGUAUAAGUUAUAAUUCAAAUUUAAUACAAAAAAUCUGGAUUGCUGUGUCAAUGUGAGUACUGUUCUGGGAGAACAUAAAAGAAGCACCGACCCCUUCUACUCUCUGCUGUUGUUCCAUUUCUAGACUUGUUGAAUGCUUGGGUGGGCAAAUGGUGGAGGUGGUCAUGGGCAACAUUUAUGCUUUCCCUUCUACUUGGAAUGACCCUCGACUUAUUUGCGGGUAAUAUCAAAAUCCAGAAUUUUGGCCCCAAAUUCUGCCCAUAGUCUAAACAUGAGGUCAACUUUUACAUUAGUAUAUGUGGUAUUUAGGCAAAAUAAAUCGGAUACAAAGGUGCUCUUAUGAUUAUGACAGAAAUUUCUGCUUGUUGAAGGACUCUUUGCACUUCACAGGAGUAAAUAGUUCAAAAACUCCCACUCAUGCUUUUAUGGAAUUUAAUUCUGAAUGGACAUGAUUACAGAUUUAAGCAACGAGGAAGCAGUCCCAAAAUGGGUUUCUGGGGAAUAAACACCACUGAACAUUAGUGAGACCUACUUCUGAAUAGACACGUAUGGGAUAGCAAUGACGUGUCCAAAGACAGUGCUUGAUUUGUACAAGAGGAAGUAUGGCAACUACUGUAGAACCUCUGUAAACAAUUCCUAUAGUGCUUGAAGCCAUUUUAUUUCUGCUCACGAUGCAUUGGAUCCAAACCAAUAUUUUCACCAGCAGUACUUUAGAUCUUGAUUAUACACAUGUAUUUUACUAACUGAAGGAGAGUGUUGCAAAAACCAUACCAUAAACUGCAGGGAUGUAAUUUUAAUAAAGUAAAAACAAUGUGCCAACUUUGUAUUAUAAAAAUGCCUUUUGACUUUUACUCUUGAAGCCUUUGGGUCAAGAACUUAUUUUAUUUUUUGAUUUAAGUUAUCUCAUUUUUAGUCAUAACGGUUGUUAACUCAAUUCCUAAAUACUACUAGCUGCUUGAGGGCACUUUUGUCCGAUUUUAGAUAACUGCAAGAUGCAUUGUCAUUCCUACCCCCAAGCAAUCCAUAAUAUAGAGUAAUAUCACCUUGAAGAUCCAACACAUGAUAUUGCUCUUUUUGUGCAAAGCUGACUUUGUAGUUAUAGUACUAUUGAGGCAAGUGGAGAAGACAUUGCCAUUGACUGCAUCUCUGCUUCUUGUUUUCCAUUCAUUUCAAUGGGAUUUGAAUGGAAGUUAUGGAGCAAUGAUUCGUAGUUGGUUGAAUCUAACAGAGCAGCCUUCGCCAACCUAGUGUCCUCCAAAUAGGUUGGACCUCAACUCCCACAGUCCCUCAACUAGUACAGGAAAAGGCUGCUGUAGAAGUGGUGUAAUAAAAAACUGAAACAUCCAGAAGACUAACUCCUAAACCACUGUGAGGUUUUAAAAUUGGAAGAAAAUGAUAUUUAUUGAAUGUUUUGAAAUUGUAUCACUACACUGCAUCUUGGUGCUUUGAUUAGAUAUGCCUCAGAAGUAAAAUAAUACUCCAGAAGAUCUUUGUGUUCUUUUAUUUCCUUUUCCUUUUGUUCUAUAGAAUCUGCUUACUUCUUAUAGGCAUACUUCUCUGGAUUUUUCUUCAAAGUGCAUUUGCAAAAUAUUGUUUUGUAUGAGCAUUGUAAUUCUACAUUGACAAGAAUGAUACCAUAUUUUGCCUUUUUGAGUGGGGGGAGGGGAGCAAUAUGUGAAAUUUAUUUCAAAUAGUGUUGACUCGUUUUUUGUCUUUCACAGCUGGUCUCUGAUAACAUUGCAUACAUUGUGCAUCAACAUGUGUUAUAAAGUUUUAUUGGAAAUCUGGCUUCCUGUAGCCACAAAAAAAAGGUUUUAAAAGACCCGUAAUUAAGAUUCCUAUUCACUGCUAAUAUGUUUAGUAUCAUAGAUAUGAAACACUUUAAUUAAAUAUCACUUCUUUUC